GCAGACAUGUCGCUCUAUCUCUACUUCUUCCUCGCUGGAUGUUUCUGUUACAGCUCUAACACGAUUCCUGAAGUGACUGUGCUGCAGAACAAAGUGGCUACACUUCCCUGUCCUUGUUGGAAGGGAGAUGUAACAUGGAGCCGCUUCAUAAAUGGUAAUAAGGUGAUUCUUUUAAAAAUCAAAAACGGUGUCGAGGAGAAAACUGACAAGCGCUACGGUUCCCUGACAGACAAUUCACUGGUAAUAACAAAUGUUAAGUCCUUUGAUACUUCGGUGUAUUUGUGUAAUACAGCAAAAGUAUAUCUGAACGUGAUAACAGAUACCAACACGGUGGGUCCUAAUGCUGGAAAUGUAACAGUCAGGACAAUAAAUGACGGACUGGGUCCUGGCCUUGGACCAGACCAGAAGGGAAACGCUGAAGACGCAGAGAACCAACAACCCUCAGAUGUUUGGAAGAUACCAGUUGGUGUCGUGGUGGGUGUUGCGUUGGUGCUUUUGUUGAUCUUUACCCUGAAAUUCUGCUUCAAAAACAGAAUGGAGAAAACCACCAACUUGGACGAAACUGUUCCUGAGGUGAUUUAUGAGGAGAUUGAAUGUGGAGAGGAGCAGCCAGCGAGGGAGUCUUAUUUUGAAAGUCCAUACUACUCGACAAGCAUCAGGGAAAUGGAAAGCACCUCCACACCACCCAAUAAUACCCUGUACAGCACUGUUAACAAGCUCACUACUAAAGGACGCAGCAGUGAGGAGUGCGUGUAUCACCUCGCCCAAAACCCACUAAAGACAGGAAAUAAGAGAAAUAAAAAAGCAGCCUGACUGGAAACAAUAAAGGCGGGUGACUAAAAACUACCCAGAACAUUAUUGGUUCAUACCGACUAUCAGUGAUAUUGGUGAGGUGAGGUGCCUGCACAGAAUACAAAGACACACUGCCCCUGUCAAGAGAUGCUUCUUUCCUCAGGCUGUGAGACUCAUUAACUCAUCCUCAGUUCUCCACCAUAAUAAUAAUAAUUGUUUUGUUUAGUUACAUUUUUUUGUGGUGUUUUGUUAAGUGUGGAUGUUGUGUAGAGUUAACCGAGCAUAAGUUCCUUAAUUUCUCUUUUUUUCCAUCUGUGAAAACAGGUCGGAAAUGCUACAUAUGUUGUGAUAGCAAGUUAUGUACAUUUAAAGCUUUCCCAGAAGAAAACAUGAGUGUUUUUAGUGCUAUUUAGAACAUGGUGUAGUGAUGCACGUUAGCCUCUUGUAGCCACAUUUUGUGUCAUUACAUGAUGCAAUUAACCCUGACAAAAAAACAACUACCUGCUAGAACCAAUUUUUUUCAUCUGUUUUCACAGGUAACAAAAAAAAAAGAAUUUAAGGAACUUGUAUUGUCUUUAAGUCAUGAAUACAGAAGAGAAAACAUUUAAUUCAGAAUAUUAGAAAAUGGAUCUCUGGAAUUUGUAAUGAUAACUUUGUAAUGUUCCUUUUGUUAAAUACAAAUACUAAACUGUAAUGCUAAUUGCUUCUG